GUCAGUACGUGCUUGAGCCUGCCCGAAAAUGUUCUCCCGUGUUGUUGGAUUUCGAGGGAGCGCAAGACUUUGCGAUGAAAUAAUACAUAUUUACCCGUGAGGAAAACACAACCAAAGCGCAUGUUUGGAAACAGAAGUUCUUCAUAUUCCCACUAAGUUGUAAAACUGUGUUUUGGGGAGGCCCCAACGGGAAGUUUGUGUGAUCGUAUUUCCCGGAGUGAUGUCGAAUCCUGGGACUCGGAGGAACGGGUCCAGCAUCAAAAUCCGACUGACAGUAUUAUGUGCCAAGAACCUCGCAAAGAAAGACUUCUUUCGUCUGCCAGAUCCAUUUGCAAAAGUUGUGGUGGAUGGAUCAGGUCAAUGCCACUCUACAGAUACAGUCAAGAGCACACUGGACCCCAAAUGGAACCAGCACUAUGACCUCUAUAUCGGAAAGACAGACUCCAUCACUAUCAGUAUAUGGAAUCACAAAAAGAUCCAUAAACGACAGGGGGCGGGCUUCCUGGGCUGCAUACGACUUCUUUCCAAUGCCAUCAGCAGGCUAAAAGACACAGGCUACCAGCGUCUAGAUUUAUGUAAACUGAAUCCCUCGGACAGCGACGCAGUGCGGGGGCAGAUCGUAGUGAGCUUACAGACACGAGACCGCAUUGGCAGUGGAGGCCCUGUGGUGGACUGCAGAGGACUGUUGGAAAACGAUGGGCCCGUGUUUGAGGGAUGUUUCAGUGAAGAGCCGCUGCCCUACUCCGAUUCCACUGGUGCAGCAGGGGGAGGGAACUGUCGGCUCGAUUCACCCAGUCAGGAGAGUCGUCUACAGACGCAGCGAAUCAGAGGCCAGGACUCCAGAGGUCAUGGCCACACCCCUCAAAACAGGCCGCACGGGCACCAACCACCUGACCUACCAGAAGGAUAUGAACAACGAACAACAGUGCAAGGCCAGGUGUACUUCCUCCACACACAGACAGGUGUCAGCACCUGGCACGACCCUCGGAUACCUCGUGACCUGGCCAGCGUGAGCUGUGAGGAGCUUGGUCCACUGCCAGUGGGCUGGGAGGUCAGAAGCACCGUGUCUGGACGGAUCUACUUUGUAGACCACAACAACCGAACCACACAGUUCACAGACCCUCGCCUGCACACCAUUAUCAGCCAGCAAUCUCAAGUGAAAGAAUCCUCCCAGGCCCCGCAGAUGGAUGUAGGGGGCGAGGAGGGGGGAGGUGGAGGAGUUGGUGGUGGCGGAGGAGGAGAGGGAGAUGUGGCUGCUCGCUAUGAGCGAGACUUAGUCCAUAAAUUGAAGCUACUCCGCCACGAGUUGUCUUUGCAGCAACCGCAAGCUGGGCACUGUCGCAUUGAGGUGUCCCGUGAGGAGAUCUUUGAGGAGUCCUAUCGACAGAUAAUGAAGAUGAGACCCAAAGACCUGAAGAAGAGACUAAUGGUGAAGUUCAGAGGAGAGGAGGGCCUCGACUAUGGUGGCGUGGCCAGGGAGUGGCUGUACCUCCUGUGUCAUGAAAUGUUGAAUCCAUAUUACGGCCUGUUCCAGUACUCCACCGACAAUAUCUACACACUACAGAUCAACCCUGACUCCUCCAUUAACCCAGACCACCUGUCAUAUUUCCACUUUGUGGGUCGUGUGAUGGGCCUGGCAGUUUUCCAUGGUCACUACAUCAACGGGAGCUUCACGCUGCCCUUCUACAAACAGCUGCUAGGCAAACCCAUCCAGCUCAACGACCUGGAGACCACCGAUCCAGAAUUGCACAAGAGUCUUGUCUGGAUAUUAGAGAACGACAUCACUUCAGUUCUCGACCACACAUUCUGUGUGGAACACAAUGCCUUUGGGAAGUUUCUACAACAUGAACUCAAGCCUAAUGGACGCAAUAUCCCAGUCACUGAGGAGAACAAAAAGGAAUACGUAAGACUGUAUGUGAACUGGAGGUUUAUGCGUGGAAUUGAAGCCCAGUUUCUGGCUCUACAGAAGGGAUUCAGUGAGCUCAUCCCCCAGCAUCUCCUCAAACCAUUUGACCAUAAAGAACUUGAGUUGAUCAUCGGUGGAUUGGGGAAGAUAGACCUUGCAGACUGGAAGACAAAUACCCGCCUGAAGCACUGCACAAGUGAAAGUAACGUGGUGCGGUGGUUCUGGCAAGCGGUGGAGGCCUUCAGUGAGGAGAGGAGAGGACGCCUGCUGCAGUUUGUGACGGGCUCGACAAGGGUCCCCUUACAGGGAUUCAAAGCGCUGCAGGGCUCUACAGGUUCUGCAGGACCAAGACUCUUCACCAUCCAUUUGAUAGAUGCCAACACAGACAACCUGCCCAAGGCUCACACAUGUUUUAACAGAAUAGACAUCCCUCCCUAUGAGACAUAUGAGAAACUUUACGAGAAACUCUUGACGGCUGUGGAGGAGACCUGCGGCUUUGCUGUGGAGUGAUGAAUCCACAACCAAAACUGACAUACACACGUCACACUUGAGCUUGCACUUGCACACAACUAUUUUGACAUUUUACAUAUAUACACAGAAUAUCAAGUAUACAUCAAGAGUAUACAGAGCGGCCAAGCAUCACAAGAACACACACAACAGUGUCUUGCCACCUCUUCACCACCGAACUGUUGGGGUUAAAGGAGGAAGCACAGCAGAAAGGCAAAAAUUAAAUAAUAAAAAAAAGACUAAAAGUAUUUUAAAUUUUUUCAAAUGUUUUGAAGAAGCAUUUUUAUCCUUCAGUUUUAACAAGCUAUGAUGUCAUUCUUCAGAAUGUCGACCACCACAGCAACUCUGACUCCAGUCACAACUCGAGUCUCUGGUCAGCAUCAAAGCCAAUCACACGCGAGCCUACGAACAGAGACGUAAACAAAAAAAAUUCUGAAGAACAAAGCGGAGACUGGAUGUCUUUUUCUCUGACAAGCUGAUUGAUUGAGUAGUAUUCAUGCUUCAUGUUUAACCACUGGUGUGUAUCAGAAUGUGUGCAUGUAUGUGUGCAUGUGAUAGAGCGAGUGAAUGUGUGUGAGUGCGAAUGUGUGUAAGGCAUGGCAACCGGUUACUCUGUUUAAAAGAAAAAAGAAAAAAAAAACUAAGAAAAAAAAGAUCAAACGAGCCUGCUCCUCUGUUAAGUAACUUCUUGUCUCUUCCGUUUGUACUUGCAACCACUCUGAUCCAUAUUUUAUUAUUUAUUACUAAGUGAUUACUGACCAAGCUGCUAUUUGCUCUACAAAGAGCUCACACUAAUCUAUUCAUCACCCCCCUCUACCAGAGAUGUAGGGUCAAUUCACUUGCAAUUCAAGUAAUCCACAAGGUGGGUUUUAUUGAAUUUUGUUACUUUUUUAACAUUCAUAUUAAUGCAGAGAAAUUCUCUUGAGUGUAUGAAAACUGUUUGUGUGUUGGUGUUUUGAAUACCAUGUUACAUAUAUUGAAGUGAAUGGGAACUGAUCUUCCCAAUCCUAGUUUUAACAUCUAACUCAUCUUUUAAGAUUUACUCUACUGACAUUAUGGAGAAGUUAGAAGACACAACCUGGAUUUUUGUGUUUCAUCAUAAUGAGCCACAAAAAUAGAAAAGGGGUCAGCUUCAGGAAUUCUUCAAUUGUAUGUAACAUGUAUAAUAAAAUGUCCUAAGCCUUUCGUACAUGUUAGUUUGUCCAUGUCAUCAUCUUUUUACUCUGGCCCUGAUGUCUCCCUGCUUGCCUCUUUUUUUCUCCAUAGCUUGAAUGUUAGGAGGAGGUUCCCUUUAUCACGCAGCCAUCAUCCUCAAAACUAUGAAUGAACAAAGUCUCUUUACAGUCAUUAAUACUCCUUAGAAGCAAAUGAAAUCAAAAACCUAAGUGUUGAGAGAGUAAUGUGGG